AUGUACGAUUUUUAUGAUUUAUUAUUUGAAAAUGAUUAUGGAUUAAAAUUAUAUCUAUUUGAUUAUCUUAUUGAUGCCAUACGUCAUAAAGCUGAACGAAUUGAUGAAUUUAGUCUUAAUGUAAAGGAAGAUAUUGAGGCUUUACUUUUGGCAUUGAGUCCUAUUUUAUACAUCUUCCAUCAAGAUAUACCUAAACCUCAUGUACUUCAUCCAAAUAUCAUUCAAAAUUUGGCCAUAAAGCCUGAAACAUUAAAAUUGCUACCACUACUUGGCUGGUUACCCAAUGAUGCUGGAGAAUAUUGUUAUUGUGAUACAGAAUUGUCACAUGAAAUUGCUCAUCGACAAAAGGCGGCGCGUGAAUUUCGCAAAUUUUACAAUGAACUUGCAACAGUCAAAAAUAGACAACCGAAUCAGCUCGAACAUUUUCUCAGUGUAAGUUGUUUAAAUAUAGAUUAG